AUGGAAGCCACUCAUAUCAAAGAUGGCUUAUUUCUUUCUCAAUCCAAGUAUAUUGACGAUAUUCUCACUCGGGCUGAUAUGCUUCAAGUAAAGUCAUUACACACUCCCGUCUCUGUUGGCUCAUCCCUUUCUAAACAUGAUGAUCCUUUAUCUGAUCUGUUUCUCUAUCGUAGUAUAGUAGGGGCUCUACAAUAUCUUACACUAACUCGUCCUGAGCCUUUGUUGUCAAUCGAGCUUGUCAAUUCAUGCAAACUCCUACAUCUUCUCAUUGGGGAGCGGUUAAAUGCAUUCUUCGAUAUCUUCGUCAUACUCCUCGUCAUGGGAUCUUUCUUUGUCCAAAUUCAUAAUUCACUCUUGCUGCCUACUCUAAUGUUGACUGGGCAGGAUGUCCCGAUGAUCGUCGUUCAACAACUGGAUUUUGUAUUUUUCUAG